UUCACCUCCGAGAGUUUUGAUUUAUUUUCGAAAAAUGACGGUGGAAGAAAACGAAGAGAAACCGGUCGACGUCGAGGAAAAAGAGAAGGCUGAUCUUUUCCAAUAUCUUGAAGAUUUUCAAAAGCGACUCCACCUUAAACUUGACCUGUUCAACAAAAACCAGUUGGCUUGCAAGAAGAGGCCUGAUGCUGCUGCGCUUUGCAAGCUAGACUCAAGCCUCAAGAAGAAUUCCGCGUUCGUGAAGAGACUUAGAAACUUCACCAGCAGCCAGUUGGACACCUUCCUGAAGGAUUUGGCAGGACUCAAUCUCUCCAAAUAUCUCAGUGAAGUCGCAACAGCUCUAACUGAGGUUAAAUUGAAAAUCACAGAUGUCCCAGCUGCUGUCUUGCUCUGCUGCAACAUCCACUGGACGUAUGCUGACUUUGCAUCAAUCUUCCUUGAGCAUUGGAUUAAAACUCUGCAUCUGAAGAAAAAUGAACCUAUUGAGAAUGUAAGUAAAUUAAGAGUUGAUCUGAGGUUCUACGGUGACCUGGUAUCAUCGGGAAUGCUUGCAAAUAAAGAAGCUCUUCCACUCCUUGGAACAAUUUUGACAAUCCUUACAAAUAAAGACAAAGAAAAUCAUCAUAAUGUCAAUAUAAUUAUCAGUUUCUGCAAACACUGUGGUGAAGAUUUUGCAGGCCUUGUUCCUAAACACAUAAGAAAACUUUGUGAAAAAUAUAAAGUUGAUCUUCCAAGAAGCACACUGUUGAGUGUUGAGAAGCAAAUGAACGUUCAGUCACUUUUUAAAGAAUAUUACGCUUCUUUGUGCCAGCAUCUUUUAAAAGAUCAUGCCAAAGUGCAAGCCUAUGAGAGGCAGAACGACCAAUUUCUGAGAUUGAAAGGUGAAGUGAGGCAGGAAAGGCUUCAUCAACUUGAGGUGAUGCAAACAGAACUGCAGACACUUCUUACAAGUGCAGAAACCCUCGCUGAACUCUUGGAUCAACCACUGCCACCGCUUCCUAACAUUGGUUCAUCAAGCGACAGGAGUCCAGUUGACGUUGAAGACGGUCUGGCCCUUGACGAGGGCAUUUGGGAAGAUGAUGAGUCCAGGUGUUUUUACCAAGUCUUUCCCAACCUCCAAGAGUUCCUACCAACAGUAAAAUCCUCACCAGAGCAGGCCAUUAUUGAACCACCAAUGAGUGAAGAUAAACUAGAUGAGGAUGUCAAAGAAGAAGAUCUAGAAGUUGAAGAAGUUCCUAAAGAAGAAGAACUGCCUAUUCCUGAAGUCUUAACAGAACCUGAAGAAGCGCAAGGUUCGAACGUCAAAGUCGUCCUUGAGAGUUUCUUGAACAACCUGCCGAGUUGUGUAAACCGUGAAAUGAUCGACAACGCCGCCGUUGAGUUUGUCGUUUUCCACAAUACAAAGAAUUGCAGGAGGAAGCUUAUCAAAGCUUUGUUUGGAGUAUCUCGCACAAGACUGGACCUGUUACCGUUCUAUGGUAGGCUCGUAGCUAUACUGAACCCCGUCAUUCCAGAAAUCGCCGUCAACCUGACAAGCCUCCUCAAGCAAGAUUUCAAAUACCAUGUUAGAAAGAAGGAUCAAAUAAACCUAGAGUCAAAAAUAAAAGUGUCUCGCUACAUCGGAGAACUGGUCAAGUUUGGGCUUUUUCCAAAAAUCGAAGCGCUUUACUGUCUCAAGCUAUUGUUGCACGACUUCACGCACCAUCAUAUCGAAAUGGCUUGCAACAUACUUGAAACUUGCGGUCGGUACCUGUAUCGUCACACCGAAUCUCAUCGUCGUACCAAAAUAUAUAUGGAUGACAUGAUGAGGUUAAAAGCAGCUACUGCACUGGACAUCAGGUAUACAAACAUGAUAGAAAAUGCGUACUACUUUGUCAACCCUCCGGAAAGCUCGACUGUACAGAAAAAAGUGCGGCCUCCCCUUCAUGAAUAUAUAAGGAAACUUGUUUUUCAGGAUUUAAUGUGUAAUGACAAUGAGCGCAAGGUUAUCAAACAGAUGAGAGCACUCGACUGGGAAAAUGAGCAAGUCGCUAAUUAUGCAAUAAAGUGCUUAUCGAGCGCUUGGAAAAUUAAGUUUCAUCGGCUGGCCUCCUUGGCCAAUCUUGUUGCCGCCCUUGUCGAAUUCCAAGAAUUCGUCGGGACAAAAGUUGUUGAUUCUGUCAUGGAGGAUAUCCGACUCGGGAUGGAGAUAAACUUACCAAAGAUGAACCAAAGGAGGGUCACGAUGAUCAAAUAUUUCGGCGAACUGUACAACUACAGGCUCAUCGAGAGCUCAGAUGUUUUCAAAGUCCUUUAUUCAUUGAUAAUGUUUGGGGUGAGCUUGAAUAAGUCACUUCCUUCUCCGCUCGACCCGCCCGACAACCUUAUAAGGAUUAGGCUUACGUGUACACUGCUAGACACGUGCGGCAAGUUUCUAACACACGCUGAUGUCAAGACGAAGCUUCCUUAUUUUUUUACAUACUUUCAGUGUUACUUCUGGUCGAAAAAAAGCGCGCCAUGUUGGAAUGACGACAACAAGUUCCCUGUUUACGCCCAGUACCAAUUGGAAGACUGCAGGGAGAAAAACUGUCCAAACGUACCACUUUAUACGAGCUACCAGGAAGCACUUACGGCCGUCAAGAAUCUCCAGGAUCAGAUAAUAUCUGAAUUCAAUAUUAAACAGGAGCUGAUAGUGAAUCAAGGCUUAUAUUCACCAGGAUAUGGUAACAAUGAUGAUGAUUCUAUCCUCUAUGAAGAAGACGAGGAAGGUUUAACAGAAGAAGAAUAUAAUGAAAAAGAAAAAAUGAUUCAAAAUAAUAAUGAUGAUGACUUCCUUCUUGAGCUUGACAAAAUGGUCUCCGAUAACGUCCAAGAGAGACUUAAAGAGUCAAUCCGCCCUUCACAAGACAUUGUAGUCCCGAUGCUUGGCAAGUCGCAUAAAACAAAUGACUCGAACUCGUCUUUCGUUCUGCUGCUGCGUAAGGGAAAUAAAUCGCAGUGUAAAAGCUUAAACGUACCCCUCGACUCCGAUCUUGUGCGUAACCUGAAACACCGUGAAGAAAUGGAACGUCAGGAAAAGGAAAAAGUGAAAAGGCUCACGCUUGACAUUCAGCGAAUGCAGCUUGAAGACUCGCAAGAACAACAACAAGAAAAUGCGCCACCGACUACAAACGUAAAUCACCAGAGGAGGGUGAGGUACUCGGGGACGCAGAAAGCUUCAAGACAGUGGUGAAGGUUUUCGGACACACAUUUGGUUACUCCAGUCAGAAUUUUUGGAAGCGCAGCCAGAUUCCAACUUGGCCAUGUUUUAACAGUCUGGUUUUUUAUUUGUCUUCCUUAGAUAAAUCAUGGAAAAUAAACGGUAUAAAACGUAA